AUGUCUGGCAUUGACAACUUUCACGACCUAUUAAUAACUUCCAGCCAACAGACACAAAACAAUAACCUGCAAAACCUAUACACUCCACCCAUUCUACCCCCUCAACAAAAACAAAGACCACAACAAUACCCGUGCUCCCCCAACCCUCCUAACACCACGUCAACAUCCAUUAGCACUAUGCGUAGAUCAGCAAGAGACUAUCAGUUUGGAACCAAGAUUGGUGAAGGAUCUUACUCAACUGUUUACUCAGCAUUAGACCGCCAUACACAACGCACAUAUGCAAUUAAAGUCCUUUCCAAACGACAUAUAGUUAAGGAAGAUAAAAUCAAAUACGUUAACAUUGAGAAAACUACAUUGCAUAGAUUAGGACAGCAGCACCCGGGAAUAGUUCAGUUGUAUUAUACCUUCCAAGAUGUGUCAAGUUUGUUUUUUGUUCUUGAUUUUGCUGAAUAUGGUGAAUUAUUAAGCAUAAUUCGUAAAUUUGGUAGCUUGAGUGAACCCGUAUCCAGGUUUUACAUGUGUCAAAUUGUGGAUGCUGUACGGUUUAUCCAUCUGAAGGGAGUAAUACAUCGUGAUUUAAAACCGGAGAAUAUAUUAGUGGGACAUGAUUUUAAUUUGAAAAUUACUGACUUUGGUGCUGCAAGAUUGCUUGGACCAGAUAAUGAUGAGAAUAACGAAGAAAAGAUAGAUUACAAUUCAGUAUCUGAUGCAGAAGUUGAUGUAAAUAAAAAUAACAACCGAGAAAGAGCAAGUUCAUUCGUUGGCACGGCAGAAUACGUGCCUCCUGAACUUCUCAAGUAUAAUCAAAGUGGUUUUGAAUCUGAUGUAUGGGCAAUGGGAUGUAUAUUAUAUCAAUUCUUUCAUGGAGUCCCCCCAUUCAAAGGAGCCACUGAAUAUCUUACAUUUGAGAAAAUCAUCAAAGGAGAAUAUACUUAUCAAAAACAACUUCCUGGGGAAGUAGUCAAAUUGGUAGAUGCUAUAUUAGUACCGCAACCUGCGGCUAGAUUAACUAUUCCUCAAAUUAUGCAAUCUAGAUGGUUUCAGGACAUACCAUGGGAUGAUGUGAAUUACAUCUGGCAUAGGAAAGUUCCAAGGUUUGAAAGCUACUCCCCUGAGCAACCAAUAAUGGUCCCACCACCUUCAAUCAAGAAUGGGUCAGACAGAAGUAUAAGCAAGUCGAACUCGUAUCAUCUCCUCCAAUCUCAAAUCCAAUCAUCAGACUAUUUUAUUCCAGCGGUCACUUCCAAAUAUAAGCAAACAAGACCAAGUGCAACGUCUACUACAACACAAAUACCACCCUCAUCCAUGGCCAUUCAGCAGCCACAAAAGUCACCAAUUAUGAUGUCUGCACCACCACCACCCCCUCCUCCUCCUCCACAUACUUAUUUUGAGCCAAGAAUGUCUAAUCAAACUCCUGGUUCUCCAAGCCAAAAUAUGCAGGUGAGAAGAGAAAAUUCUAGCUUUGCUCUUCCGAGAUUGCCUGAGACAAAAUCUAAACCAAACAACACAAAUAAACAGAAACAAUUACAAAGACUGCAACAACCACAAGCUCAACAAAUACCAGAACAGAAAAAGCAACUGCAACAACAACAACAACAACAACAACAACACAACGAAACAAUACAACCCCCGGCACAUAAACAGACCCAUCCUUACUUGGCUCUUGCAGGUGCUCAACAAGUAAAAGUAGAAAAGAAAUUAGUCCCUAAACAACCAGUUCCACAACGGAAAUUAUCUCCACCGGCCAGUGCCGCGGCUGCAGCAUCAUCCAAGGUCACACCAAAAUCAUCUCCAAUUCAGCCAAAGAUUCCUAGAACAUUUUCUAGUGCAGCUGCCGCUGCCGCAGCCGUUGGAGCUAAAUCAAAUUCUAGCACUCCCAGUUCCACUACACGUCCACUAAAGACCAAAUCACCUAAAUCGAAACCACCGCCAACAAUCCCGUUCCGCGAGAUAGCUCUGCUUUUGUUACCAACUGAAAAGAUUCUCAAACUUGAUAAAAUCUACAAACUGAUUGUUCCAGCAUCACUCCGUCUGACGUCAGUUCUCGAUGAUACAACCUUGGAUUUAUUGAUAUCGACUCAUCAAGAAAAAUUGGAACGUGAAUCACUGAUUUGCAUCACCGUGAUUACUAAUCAAGCCCGGGUGUUUUUCAUAGAUGCUGACUUGAACGUGGUAGAAAUUGAUUUGAAAGCAAAUAACGGAUGUGAUUACCUGAUGUAUGAUUAUGAGUUUGAAGAUGAUGAAGAGGAAGAAGAAGAAGGAAAUCAAGAAGUAGCAGAUAAUUUUGGAUACUUGAUUAUAGAAUGUUUGAAAAAUGGAGGCGAUUUGGUAUUCUUGAAACGAUUAGCACCACACGAAGCAACAGCUGCUGGAUUACUAGAAGUGGUGGAUAAGAAAGGUAAAUUGGUCAAGCUAGGGGAAAAGUAUGGUUGGAUAGAUUGUUUAAUGAUUGCAAAGGAAAUGGUCCUGACCAGGUCUGAAAGUCCAGUUUCCAAUUAUUCUGGUAAAUCUAGUAAAUCUAGUAGUACAACUGACAACAAAGACCCAAAAGUAGAACUGAAACGACCAGUGAAGAACUCGAAGAAAACAUCGACAUUAUCUAGGACAGAGCCAAAUGCACCAACUCCAACUCCAAACUUUGCAUAUGCAGCAGCAGCUGCGGUUCAUCAUAAAUAG